AUUAAUACGCUGUUUUUAUAAAUUCAUUUUGUAUUUCGCGUUUUCUUUGCUGGUAUUUUGAAUGCAUAUAUCAUUAGUCAGUGCCAUAAUAUCCACUCGAAAUUAUAUAGGUGAAGGUUUUGGACGUUAUGAGUGGUGGCCUAUAUUUUGGUUCUCAUUAAUGUAGUUCCACUGUAAACAACAUGGCUACCGGAUGGCAUCUCAAUAACAUCUAGCUUGAGUGUGCAGUUGUAAUCUUGAACAUGAAUGGAUAACACAAUUUGACGACUGUCAUAUUUCUCUCAAGCAUAAUGCCUACCCUAGGUGCAGUUGUCAGAGCAGGCUCAAGGCCUGUCUCAGUUCAAAUGAGUCCUAGAGAUGAAUCUGGGAUGAGUCCGGAUUUAUUAUUGAACACAGUGCGACUUGUAGAGCCAAGAAAGAAGAUGGAUAUCCCAAAUCAUCUACUGGAGACGAAAAUAUAUUCCAAAGUUGGGAAAAAUGCUGCAAUUCACACCCGUCCAUCCAACAUUCAUUUUGAUGGCUUUGAAUUACAAAAGAAACAGACCAGGUCAUUUAAGAUUGUCAACGCUUCAUCAGAUGUGCUCAGAAUGCAUAUCAUCCCACCACAGAGUAAAUAUUUCUACAUCAAGUACAAGAAAUUGGAAAGGAUGGUGCCAGGCCUCACCCUUGACUGUACAGUAGAGUUUACCCCUGACGAGUGGAGAUAUUACUAUGAUUGUAUUAGAAUCAACUGCCCGGGAGAGGAAAACCUGGUGGUGCCUAUUCAUGCCUACCCUGUGAUGAGCACAAAAGACUUCCCCCAUCACUUUUCAUUCUCUCCAGUCCCUGUUGGGCACAAAAUGUCUGAAGUAUUUCCUCUCUACUGUGGAGCUCCAGUAGAUUUUGAGUUUCAGAUUACCUACAUCCAGCCAAGUGUGGCCUUCCAAAUCUCCCCCAUGUCAGGUGUUGUGCCAGCUAACAGCAAGGCUGAAGUGACAGUAACGUUCAUGCCCCGGGAGUUCCAAACAGUGCAGGCAAAGAUACAGCUGACCAUCUCACAGUUCAAUUCUAAACCCAUCCUCUGUACUUUCUCAGGACAUUCCUCACCAGGGCUUCUCAAGGAAAUAUCUGAAAGCACCUAUGCAAAUUCUGAGGUUCUUGACCCCAGAUGCUUAUCUCCACUGGACCGUGCGAGAUCCAAACGGAAACCAUCAGGGAAUAAACGUCCUUUAGUGACUCAAAAAAAGGAGAUAGAAUACCAGGGUAUCAAGUUCCCAUCAGUCAUAGAGAGUCCGUAUGCUGUUGCGCAGGUUCUCAUACAAGAACCAGGAAAAUUGCGGGCAAAAGAUCUCCGGGAAUCCAUCCUGACCAAGAAGGACACAAACAAGCCCUCUAACAGACAAAUGAAAGAAGCCGAGUUUGCACAUGAUGUACGUCAAGAUGUGUAUGAAGAGAGGCAGAACCAACUGAGAUGGCAAAUUCGACUCGGCGAGGUUCAGAUCUCCAACAAGAAGCGGACAUAUGUUUUAGAAGACAGGAUGCAUGCCUGGGAAGACUAUAGGAGAGUUUUUCCCAAACUGUACAACAAGCGUGGUGACUGUGUGCCAGAGAGUGAGUACAAGAGGACCUCCACAAAGUGUACUUUCAAGAGAACACUGAGAGAUGCAGCAGAGCUUGCAUCGGCAGAGACCAAGUUUGACCCCUACACCAAUGAUAUGUGGGCAAUCCGACAUGCCUCCCUCAGUGUGUUUCGACAGGCAGGACGCAAGGUGAUAAUUCGAGCCAGGGCAAGCCAUAAACUUGCCUCCCUGAGAAAAGCAAUGAUAGACUGGAGCAAAAAGAAGUUUGCCAUCAAGGGUUUAGUGGGUGAGCAGCAGGAGAAACUGGAUGAGGAAGAGGACAGAGAAGAUGUUGCUCAGCACUAUGACUUCAGCAGCCAGGAUGUCAAGAAGUACUCAUUCCCAACAUACAUACCUCCCAACAUUAAGGAUGAUAUGGCACCUGAUGCAUUAGGUGUGGUACCAUUCAAGCCAACCGAAGUCUUUGUCAAGAGGAAAGUUCCUUACUUCAAUCUCAAGGUACCGCAACAGUACUCCCUCCUCAGCUACAAGAAGCAUGAUUCCCAGAAUGCCUCCAGCGGAUACAUCUCACCCACACUUACCCAACCUCUACGAACUGGAGCACAGGAUGAGGUAAUCAAAUUGGCUGCCAGUGUAGACCUGGAGUGUUCCUAUCUGGAGGAGAUACCAGAAGACGACAUGGCACCGGUAGAUGUUGCCGACUCCAGUAACGAGGUCAUGGAGAGGACCACAAAACAAACAUUAUCUCCCCCUGAAGCUCUGUUCAAACCCAUUGAGUAUCCUCCUCUUCAUAUAUUUAAUCCGGCCCCAGGGUUACAGGUUUUCCAGGCCCCCAUCCCAUAUGCCGAGGUUGACCCGGACUUCCACCUGUGUCCCCUCCCUCGCUAUGUCCGGAAUGACCAUGCCACCAACCCCCACGCCUCCACGCAGAGACGCUAUCUGAACAGAGAGGAUAUUGUGCGUGGCGUCAUGGGAUGGAAGAAGUUCCCAUCCCAGGGUCUCACCUCUCUCAGCAACACCCCUACCCUCUCUGCUGUUUGGGUGGCCAGGUGGGAUGACCAGUUUGGUGAUGAGAUGCUGUCCAAAGAUGUUCCUGCAUUAUUUGAUGGUCUGCCCAAGGAUGACAUGGAAAACAUAGAAGACGAGGAGACAGCAGAAUCUAAAUCUCGCCUGAAUGGCAUCUACCUUACCCCAGAGAUGGUGAAUGCUCAGUUCACCCUCAUAGAUGGGUCUCAGUCAUCAUCAUCAGAUGACAAGUUGUCUAAUGACCUAUUCCCAUAUGGAAACAAGAUGCCUGCAGCCAAUAUCCCAGUUGGACCAGCAGGACCAGUACCAAGAUACAAGCGUGAAGAAGAACUUGAAUAUUUCAUGACAAAGAAAUACAACAGUCUUGGUGCCAAGAUUACAGCCAAGACAGCAACUCUGAACAACCUUGUAACAAACCAAGAUCUCAGGCUCAUUUGAUCACACACAUAUUGUCUGCUUACCUCCUGAAUAUGUUUGGUGAAGUUAUUAAAUUCAGUAUGAAUACCGGUAUAUUUUUUUAUUAUAGGCCUGGAAUUUCAUUCAUCAUAAAUCUGUUGAAGUAAAUAUGAAGGAUCAUUGUCCAUUUGUUCAAAAAUAACUGAUAUUGUUUUUCUACUCCUCAUUUAUUGGAAGCAGUGUUUGUUUCUAAGAAUGAAGUCAGCAGUAAAUAAUUUAAUACAGGAAAUAACAAAGAAAGACAGAGCGACUUCAGUAUUUAAUUUGCACAAGUAAGAAUGUAUUACUGGGACAAGCCACUGAACAGAUCUGUGAUAUUCAUUCCUUCCUUUCUAUUCAUUUGGGUCAUUCUUUAUGUUCAUGUGUACACACUGUACAGGCAUAGAUGAUAUAAUCGCUGACAGUCCUAAUCAAUUAUAUUCCCUGCAAACACUUCACUAUGAUCAGAUAAUGUUUAACAUUUUCGGUCCAUGAUAUUGUAUUGGAAAUAAUUUCUAGGUUUAGUAAGAAUUUCUUGGUUUGAUUUGUACAUUCAUUAAUUGGUUCUAAAGAGAGUGAAUGGAUCUGUUAUAUCCUAUUUUUUUUAGCAAUAUGAUAUAAAGUUUUACCUCUUCUCUCAAACACCUUGGGACCAGAGAAAUAGUUCAACUUAUCCCAGGUUCGACCCUCUGACUUAACCGUCAGACAACAUUAAGUGAAUGUACCACAUCAUGCAUGUUACGGAUGUAGACAUUAAGAAAUAAAAACAGAAGCAUUUGUCAUAUCUACUUUUAUCUAUCUAUAUGCAUUUUCCUCACAUCACGGGAUUAUCAAUAUAUCAUGUAAUAACAUCAGGUAAUAAAAUACAUUUCCCUGAUUUGCUAUUUUGAAUGAUAUUGCAAUCUAGAAUGAUACCCAAUACACAUGGAAGAAGAUUAUCUCACUGCUAAUAUCAGUGUUAAAAAUACCUGCCUGCCCGACCGUCCGAGACGGGUUGAUUUCAACCAGGGCUGCCAGAUUUUCAAAUCCCCCUGCCCGACGGUCGUGUUAUAUUUCAUAUGUGAAAAUAUUCUAAAUAUUUCCCGAUGAUAAGCAUUAAUUCACAUGUAAAGAUGAAUGAUAAAAUGUAACAAAAAAAAACCCCGUUAGCUUUUAGACAACCUAAAAUCUAGCGAUGCGCUUAUGCUACAAGCAAUCAGUUUUUAUAUUUUGAGACAAGCUAUUUGAUUGGAUAAUCCCCGACACGACGACCAAUCAGUGACCCUGUUUCUGUUGCUAGUGAUAUUGCAAAUGGCGGUGCCCAUUACCCACGUUGCUCGACAGCAUGAGUCUUUUAAAAAUUUUGGUUUACCUGAAGUCAGUGAUGACAAGAAAAAAGACACAGGCUGAAAGAGACAAGAUCAAUGAUAGCACGAAGCGAAAAAGAACGAUCAUUCCUUCUUGGAAAACUGAAUAUGAGUCAGACUUCAGUGACCUCGUUGAAGGAAGUGACAAUCACAAUGACACUGACAGUGAUAUGGACAUUGAUUGAAAGUCAUGAGGCCCUAUUUAGGAAUAAGGAUAUUUACAUGAUGUAUUCUAGGAUAUUAAAUACAAAUCUGACCUAAAAA